AUGGAUAUCCAAGAAGAUUUCGAUAAAAAUGUGCAGGCUUCAACACCACUGCUGAAGCAUUGGAAUCAGGCUCUGAGUUUUUACAGGUUCUAUUUGGACAAAGUUGUGCCAAAAGUGAAGGAGAGAUGGAUUGGUUUGGCGAUCUUACUCUUCAUGUUCCUUUUGCGCGUUGUCACUGCUCAGGGCUGGUAUGUCGUGUGCUAUUCUCUGGGAAUCUUUCUCUUGAACCAAUUCCUCGCUUUCCUGACUCCAAAGUUCGAUGUGUCUUUACAACAGGAUGAAGAGAAUAAAGAAUUAGAGGCUGGGGAACGCUCCGAUGAAUUCAGACCUUUUAUCAGAAGAUUACCGGAGUUCAAGUUCUGGUACAAUUCAGCUAGAGCGACCGUUCUGUCUUGCUUCCUGACGCUUUUCCCAUUUGUUGACAUUCCCGUGUUUUGGCCGAUUCUUUUGAUAUAUUUUGUGGUCUUAUUCGCACUCACCAUGAGAAGACAGAUUCAGCAUAUGAUAAAGUACAACUACAUCCCUCUAGAUAUCGGUAAGAAGAAAUACACUCGUUGA